AAUUAUUGAUAUGAUUAAUGUCAUUUUAUGUUGUUGUUUUGAUUGUCCCUUUGACAUGAAAAUGAUAUAGUCAUGCUCCAUCUAAAAAGUGCCCGGAUAUGGCAAGUGUAACUGCAAGACUAUCAACUUUAGGUUUGACACCUUAUGGUGAGCCAGAAAAAGAUGCAAAUACAAUUCUUAUGGAACUAGACAAAGGUCUAAGAUCAUCUAAAGUUGGUGAGCAAUGUGAAUCUAUUGUCAGGUUUCAAAAGUUACUGGAGAAGUACCCAUUCCCUAUCCUUGUCAACUCUGCAUUUCUAAAAUUGGCUGAUGUUUUUAGAAUAGGGAGUAAUUUUCUUCGACUCUGGAUCCUGAAAGUUGUACAACAAAGUGAAAAACAUUUAGACAAAAUAUUGAGUGUUGAUGACUUCCUGCGUCGUAUAUUUUCUGUCAUAUAUAGCAAUGACCCAGUGGCUAGAGCAAUUACAUUAAGGACCCUGGGGAGCUUUGCCUCAAUCUUUUCAGAGCGUAAGAACGUCCAUCAUAGCAUACUGAAUGGACUUGACUCCCAUGAUCUGGUGGAGCAAGAUGCCGCUAUAUAUGCGGCUACACACUUCGCUUCUCAGUCCAAGACUUUCGCCAGCAGUAUUUGCAGUAAAGUGGCUGAUUUGAUUCAGAAGCUAGAGACACCUAUAGACAUGAAACUAAAGCUUAUUCCAAUAUGUCAGCACAUGCACCAUGACCUUAACAUGACUACCAAGGUACGAGAGGUUUGUCAGGACCUACUGCUGAACUAUCCAUCAAAGAACUUUGUUACAAUCACACUGCAUACCUUGACUGAACUGUCUGCACACUGUCUUGUGGACAUCCCCUUACAGGUUGAAUUGUUGUUGAAACAUCUCAAGGUUGAGACAAGAAAACCAGUCCAGGCUGCAAUACUGGGGAACCUAAAAGUCUUGGCUGAUAAAGGUGCACACAUGUGGCUUCCCAGUAAUGUUGAGGCCUUAUGCUGCUUUGCAUUGGAGACCAGGAGUACAAGACUGAGGUUAUGUACGCUGACUGUGUUAUGUAGUCUCUCAAACUCAAUGGCUGUGACUAACUUUGACACAAAUCAAGGUUCCACAGUACUAAGACUAUGUGAGGAGGGUUGUUUCCAUGACAACAUGGCUGUUGCGUCUAAAUCUGCUCUGAUCCUGACACAUCUUGCUAUCAACACAUAUAAAGACACUGGUUCAGAGGUUUUGAUACAAGAUGCCACCUUAGCACUAGAGUCUCUUAUCACAGUGACAUCUAUUACGGAGGUCUCAACCAAUCAGCUUGCUCCUAAGGUUGUCCUGGCAACAGUUGUAGAAUUAUGCCAGAGUUGUCCAACUUUGACAGGGACCUUUGUUGAAACCAUAGCAACAGCCUUGACCUCUGCUAGUGGCGCCACCACACUGCUGUUGGCUGAAUCAUUGUGUGCCCUGUGUCAUGUAGGAACUGGAGUGAUGUUAGGCUUAGUUCCUGACCUGGUCAAGAAACUGGAAGAUAUUAUCACCAACCUUAAUGUUGAUACUGAGGCGAAUGAAAAACUGGCGACUAUAUUGGCCACACUGAUAUUUGAAGCCUCAGUUGGGUCAGAGAUCAUGCCUCAAGCUAAAGAGGUCAUCCUGGACUUCACCAUGUGGACCAAUCAGUGGAUAGCUUACAAAAUAGCACGACAGGCCAGUCGCUAUGGGCAACAUAACACAGCAUCUCAGAUCUAUGGUACAUUGACCAAUAAGGUGUCAACUGAGAACCUCCACUACUGGUUGAGUGCUCUAAGGCAUCUGAGCCAAGGUGAGAUGUGCCUGAAGGACAUCAAAGGGGACUUAGAGCUCGUGUUGAAGGAUCUGGCAGAUGCCGGUGUCCACUAUCAUCAGGCCUAUGUCAUGUUACAGGCUGCAUCUGAUUCAAACUUCUCCCUUGAGUUUCCCUGUCAGUUCACCAAGCUUCGCAUAGGAGUCCUUGAAGCCUUGGCUCAGCUGGUGAAAACAUGUAACACACUCAAGCUGUCUCCCCCACCUGCAAUCGCAACAUCACUGGCGGAGGCAACGGGACAAAAUAUUGUAAAAUGUGGACGUGUGGUAGAACAGUUACAAAAGGAUGCAGCAAGAUUCCGUGAACUUGAAACAGGAUAUAAGUCUCUAUAUCAGAUGUCUUUUGAUGCUGAUCCUGUCACUUUGUUGAAUAUUGAAGAGCAACAGCAAUGGUGUAAGCUGAUGGCGGGCAUGAUCGAAGCAAUGUUCUCGAGAAGGACACAGAAUCUCUCUCACCAGAUGGACACAAAUAGUAGUUACUCACCAGAGGGAGCUAGUGUAUGCAUUGAGAAUCAACGACUGGCUGAAACAAGUCACGAUUUAGAGAAAAUUACGGAAACAUUAACCCAAAUAACCUCUGAGCUUCCUGUCUCGUUUCAGCAUAUGCAAUGUCUGACACAUGCCGCAUGUCGAAUUACAGCGACACCUAUGUUAUUCCCGCGAUACUUCUUUCAACAGCAACAAUCGACUGAUGUAAAACUUGCGAUAUCUCCCCAAACAAAGGGCAGCAGUGAUCCAAUCAUGGUGCAGAACAAUACUCACUUGACUGUUAAAGUUGAGGGUGUCAUACAGCAUGCCAUACAACAGGGGCUGUACAGGAAGGUCAAUUCUAUAACAAUAGAUGUCGCUUCAGUGCUGCAAUCACGAUCAACUAGUUCUUCAAAUGGAAAGGUAUCGGAGAGUUCCCCUAAUAACAUGCACCAGACAUGCCAACCACAUAAUGACUAUUUCUGUGUUGAGUUCCUCCUAAUAUUCCCCGUCACUGGCCUACAUAAUGUCACUAUUGACACGUCUAUUGUGGACGAUGCAGGGAUACAGUGGCACACAGGUCCAAAGUCAACACUCACUGUGAAAUCAUAUGAUGAAACUAUGAUGAAAUCAGGGGGAUUUUCAUCAAGAUCUCAGAAAUCAUUUGGGACUUUGAAUUAGAAUUGAAUCAUAUCCAAACCUGAAUCAUGGAUUUUAAAUGAUACUGCCUAACUUGAGUAUGGAUUAAGAAUAGAACUAUGGUAUUUAGGUCACAUUUGGCAGUCAAUCAAUAUAAUAUGAACAAGCCAUUGCAUGUGGUAUGUACAGUGGUCAUAUGACUGAUCAAAAUAGCAAAAUUGAAACAGCA